UGUGGGGAUUCGAAAACAAUUUUGACAGUGAUUAGAAAGACAUUUUAUACAUCAAUUAAUAAAAUAUUUCGUCUUGCGGAUUGCAAGCACGCAAAGAGUCGUGUAAAAGUGUCCGUAAUACAUGUAAUCAAUUAUUUAAUAAUCUUUAGUGUGGCAGGCAGUCAUCACAUUGCGAAAUAAUGACAAUUAGCUGCCCUUUGCCAUAUAUCAGAUGCGUUUGCAUGUAAAAUGCUUUUAUGCGUUAAUGCUCAUACUCGUGUACAACUUUACAACGAACAUCACAUGCAACGGGAAAGUGCAAAAGCGCGCCAUCGAUUUUGACGAAAUUGCUGACUUUGCCGACAUUGUAGAACCAGAACCAUCACAUUUAAAGUCAGAUAUUACUUUUCGAAACUCUCUCGAUAAAAUUCGAAAUCUUAAUUUGGACCUUGAGUUACCAAAAGAAAUAACACGUCGAUAUAUACCAUCUACAAGUGAAAAUUAUGUGACAGCUAGAAGUUCAGCAGCCACAGACACACACAUAUCAAAUUACAGUGAUGACAUGAAUAGAAUUAUCAGUUUUCGUAUGAAACUAUUUAAGGCAAGAAGUAAACGGUUCAUAAACAAAAGGAAGCGAUAUAUUUACUUACCGAUUGUGACACCACACGGAGGUUCGUACUUAAGUCAUUUAGCUGAUGCAACAAAUGACAUUAACUUAAAAAUGCAAAAUUAUGCAGCGACUUUAAUGGUAGUGUUGACGACUCCACGAAGUACAACUUUAGAUUUAUUGGGAACGAAAAAGAUUGAUAAUUCAGAUGUGACUACAACACAAAUCAGUAGUAUGAAGACUACAAAUUCGCCAAGAAAGGUGGCGACAAUACCUUCAAGUACUGUAUCGGCACAUACCGAAAAACAUAUAAGAAGUUCUUCUACAAAUCAAGGAUCAUCUAGUCAAAUUAGUCAUUCAGAUGACGAAUAUCCACUUUUUGGUGCUGAUGGUUUUUACUCAGAUUCUAUUGAAGGUAAUGAUUUGCCGUUGGUGCCGUUGGAAAUUCAAAAACGAUCAAAACGUGAAGCAGAAGAUAAACCUGUGCCCAGGGGACUUGAAGAAUUGUUAAGAGUGGUACCGGUGAAUAUCAACGAAGAUCGACCACAUGACACCGAUGGAGAAAUCAUCAAUAAAGGAAAACAAUCCAUACCGGUUGUUCAUAUUACAAAUAUACCACAUAGUUCAUCAAGUAGUAAGGUACCUGCUGCAUCCAAGAAAAUGCAAACAAGUUUUUCACCCACAUCCUCAAUAAACCCUAAUUCUGUAUCUACGAUGGCUACAACUUCUGAUGGCAAUCAUCUUGUUACGAAAUUUAGUAGUGGUGUUUCCGAAAGACAUUCUUCAGUUACACCCACAUCAAAAAUUGAAAUUAAACCAAGUUAUAAUAGUAACCCGUACCGAUGGGAGAAUGAUAUUAUUAAAGAACUGAAUGUUAAGUAUAAAAAAGAUGUUAUGUCACGAAUGUCAGCAGCGAAGUUUAUAACACCAACUGUGUUUGCACACCUUCAAAGUACACCACAAAAAUUUAUCCGUGAAGAUAUGGAAACAAUGGAAACUUCGACUACCAUUGAGACACCUACCACUUCUGUUUCCGUUGGUGGUGAAACUACGAAUCUACCAGUGUGUAAAGGUAAAGAAUGUAAAAAGUUGACUCAAAAUUUUAUGGUUUACAACGACACCGCUGGUGAUUGUAACAAACUAGCUAAUGAAGAAGGAGGUACAGGGGGUUAUAAUAUUAUCAAUAAUGAUGAGACACCGACCACAUCACUUGAUUUUAAGUGUCCGAGUAGUUUUACUACUACUGAAGUAUCUACUACUACAAAGUCAAGUUCGUGUGAUAAGUUACAUCCAAGUGUGUGUGAGCCAAGUGAUGAAGAGGAGGUAGAACCUUGUGAUUUGAAUUUAGCGAAAGAAGCACAAAAAGCGGCGAGUUGCCAGGCUGAAAAGAAAAAGAAAAAGAAACUCCAUGAUAAACAAAAAGCAAAAAACAAACUUAACAUAGAUAAACGACAAAUCACUGCUACACUGACUAACACUAAUAUGCACACACCACCUAGUUUCGGUUUUCAACAACCACCUUCAUUUAUUCCCAACUCUGAUAUUCAGCGAGCGCUAAAUUUAAUUGUAUCUACACAAAAUCCUUCUAAUUAUCAAAAUACUUACCCUUCUGCUUCAAUUUCUGCAAAUCAGGUAAGUGCUAUUCAAAAUGUAUUCUCAACGCCUGCACCUCCAACACAAUUAGACCGCGUGGUUAAAAAAUCGAUUGAUAAAUGUGUAGUGAGUUCCGUAAUUGAGAACUUGAAAAUGGUUGAUCAAAAACUUGCGGAUGCAGUAGAUCCUUUACAUUCAGCCCAAGAGCAAUUGGAUUUGGCAACGCGUUGUGAAGUUACAACACUUUCUUGCUCUGACCUUAAUCAUGGAAAUGGUGGUGGUGGCGGUGACUUACUUGCUGAUUUAAGUGAUGCAGAAAAAGGAGCGCUCCAACGAUUAGCGAUUAAAAUUAUUUCAAAUCAAAACGCUAAAUUGAAACGUGCUGAUGGUAUGCCUAUAAUGCCUGUUGAUCAAGAAUUUCGUGACAUGGCGAAACGUGGUAUUGCUAAAACUAAAAUAUCUCCACAGAGUGAAUCUCUCGAUCAAAUUGAUUAUGAUUAUGCCGAUCAGGAUCGUUUAAGUCGUUUACAAAGAGAUUUAUCGGUUGCACAAGAAAUAGAAAUGAUUGUUCAAAAAAUUAAACAACGUCAAAAUAAUCGUCUGAAGAGAAAUAUUUUGAUUUUAAACAAAAAUAUUAAUGAUGAAAACCAGAAACCAAAAUCUGAUGAGUUUGGUGAAGAAAAUUUUGGGUUUGAUAAUGAUCAAACCAAGUUAAGUAGAAGUCUUGGAGACAAUAAUAAAGUUAAUGGUAAUAAUGUGGAAGAGUAUCAAUCACCCAAAAAGAAAACAAAACCAAAGAAAUUAUGGAGGAAACUGUUUGGGUUGACGGGCAAUCGGAAUAAUAACCGUUUUUUAGAUCAAGACUUUCCAAAUUCUCAGUCGAUUCAAAAGGCAAAAAAAGACACAAACAAACUUAAGAGCUAAUCGUUCUAUUCACUACAAUCCGUACAUAUUUAUGAAGCAUCAUCAUUGGGGACGGUCAAGAAAAAAUCGGAAUAAACGCAAUUUUCUUGAUAAAAUCAUUGGUAGUCACAAUACUAACCAAGAGAGUGAAGAUUAUGAAGUGGCGACCGAUGAUGAAGUAUGGACGUUACACUUUGGCAAUCGACCAACAACUGUAGCGGGAUCAAAUACGGUUCCCAAUAAACAGGAAAAUAUGAAAAAUUUAAUGGCUGCGAACACAGAUAUGGAAUCUAAUGCUUCGGAUCAAAAUAGCUUGGAAACAACUGUAGAAAUGUUGAAUAAACCAGAAGUUACAACAGAAAAAUUUAAAAUUCAGUUUUCGUCAUUGAAACCUGAAGAUUCAUCUAUUUCAAUAGACAAUAAGGCAACUUUUAAUUAUGCUAUAAACGUGUCACCAUUUGGGGCCAACAUGAAUUCUAAGUAUCAGGAAGGUUCUACAAUAAAUUCACACAUAGGUGAGAUUAAAACAUA